GAUGACUAAACUAGCACUCGUGUUAUUUCUGACCAUUCUUGUGGCGACUGUUGGAGGAAAAAAGGGAGGAGGGAAGGCGAAAGGACCGAAAGUAUGCAAUGAAAAGGAUAAAACUGCCUUCAGAGCAUGUCUUAAAAAAGGAUUCGAGUCAAGUAUAGAUAAAUGUGACAGUGAAGAUGCCAAGAAACCGCUGAAAGCUAAAGAAGUCAAAAAGUGCACUGCAUUGGAGAAGAAGUUAGUUAACUGCGGUUUCGACUGCACAGAAAAGGCACCAAUGACACCAGAAGAAGUCCUUGCCACGUGUGGCCACGAAGACAAAAACUUCCCAGGAGCGGAAAUGUUUUCGAAGAUAUACGUCUUGAAAGAGGACUGCGUGAGGGACUGUCAGCUAUCGGAGUCGUGCAAGGCUAUCUCCUACAGACUCUCAGAUAAAAGAUGUUACUUCAAGUCUAGCGAGGGAGGGAGUGUAGGACCCACCGUGGAGGCAGGAUGGAUUAGUUCUAACAUGGAAUGUGAUAGAUCCGACGUAGAUCAGCGCUGUCAAAGGUCCGGUUUCUAUUACUACGGAGCAGACACAAGAAGCCUCAAAUCUGAAAGUCUAAGUCACUGUGCCCUUCUCUGCAGAGACACGGAGAACUGCAAAGCAAUAUCUUACAGGGAGACGGACGGACUUUGCCAUCUGAAGAACAGGCGAGGAGGGAGCCAUGGACCAGUUGCAGCUGCUCAAAAUAUAGCCAUGAACUUGGAAUGCGACAAGAGUCGAAUAACUAAUUUCGACUGCAUGAGAGAAGGAAUAGCUUUCUCGGGAGCUGACCUAAGGAACGUGGUGGUUGCUCGGGCUGAGGAGUGCAUCCAACACUGCAAAGAUACAGAGGCUUGUAAGUCCAUCACCUUCAGAGGCUCUGACCACCAGUGCUACCUCAAAUCAAAGUACGGUGGAAACUACCCCACAUUUUCACCCGGACACAAAAGCAUGGACCUGGACUGUGACAAUAAUGAAGUGAACCUUAACUGCAUGAGGAAAGGAUUCAAUUUCCCGGGAGCCCAUAUGGGAAAUCUGAUAGUCACUGACGAUAAGGAAUGCGUGAAACGUUGCAAAGAUACAGAGGGUUGCAAAGCCGUCACGUUCAGAACUGCGGACAACAGAUGUUAUCUGCGGAACAAAGCCGGGGGUGACACAGGACCUAAUGCAGCAGCUGGACACAACAGCAUGAACUUGCAGUGCGACAACAGCGCCGUCAAGAACCUUGGCUGCAUCAGAGAUGACACUAAUUUCCCAGGAGCUGAUCUCAGGAACUUCGUCGUGGAGGACAAGGAGGAAUGUGUCAGACAUUGCAGGGAUACAGAGCUCUGCAAAGCAGUGGUCUUCACAGUCUUAUCUGACCAACUCAGAUGUUACCUGAAGAACCGACGUGGUGGAGCGAAUGUCCCGGUAGUGGCGGCGGCUGGGGUUCAGAGCAUGAACAUGGAGUGUGACAACAGCAAAAUCGACAACCUAAACUGCCUCCGAGAUGGAAUCAACUUCAGUGGAGGUGACAUUGGGAACACCAUAGUGAUAGGGGUUCCUGCGUGCGUGAAACUCUGCAAGGACACCGAGGGUUGCCAGGGUUUCUCCUUCAGGGUAUCUGACAAACGAUGCUACGCCAAGAACCGCCGAGGAGGAUCCUCCGGACCCAAUGUUGAUAUUGGGUACAACAGUUUAAACAUGGAAUGUGACAACACACCAGUCACCGAGACUAUGAAGUGUCUAAGGAAAAGGAUAAAUUUCGCUGGUAGUGACCUGAGGAACCUGGUGGUGGCGGACGUUGAAGAGUGCGUGAAGCACUGCAGAGACACGGAGAACUGCCAGGCUCUCACCUUCCAAGAGGCCACCCACCGCUGCUACCUGAAGAAUAAACGAGGGGGAGUUUCAGGACCAACAGUAGCUCCUGGAUACCAUAGUCUGAACAUGGAAUGUGACAACAGUGAACCUUCACAACUCCAGUGCGGACUGAUGCAGGAGAAGUUCCCUGGAUACACGAUCAAAAGUCUCACUGUGGCUCACUUUGAGGAGUGUUUGAGACGUUGCAGGGAUACGGAGGGGUGUCAGGCAGUGUCCUUCGGGGAGACAGAUAACGUGUGUGAGCUGAAGAACAGGACCUUCGAGUGGUGGACCAUCAAGAGCCAUUAUAAGAGCGUCAACAUGGAUUGUUAGGUAUUCGGACAGACAAUCAUAGGUCGCAUGAAAGACGAACGGUGAUCCAAAUGUGUACCCCUAAAGAUACCUCAGGGUAUAUUUGGGUACCGGUAGGGUUCCCUUAGGUUCCCUUAGGUUCCCUUUAAGGGUACUAUAUAGGUGUGAUAACAUCGGUUUUCUUUUAGACGACCUAAUCGUAUCAGCAGUGCCUGACUAUUGAUUUAAAUAGACAGAGCAAUUAUAUUGAAGCAUCCAUUAUUAAGAUAGGUUUCUGGUUUACAACGUUAAAUUUCUCUUGUAGGUAAUUUUCUUAAAACACAUUUUAAAGCAUGAUAUUAAAUGGUCAGGUACUAGAUAUGUUAUGAAUAAGAUUGUUAAAACAGAUAUUGGAUUUUCAGGUUCAAGUUUAAUAAUUCUAUCGACAUGUUCCGACAGCUUUUUUCAGUUCAGGACUACUUUACGGUUCUAGUAACAAACUUCCCUGCCAAUACACAAACUGGUACUGGCAGAGAAGAACUGAGGAUAACUUGAGUUACUCGCCUCGUGAGGUAGCCCUUAACUUGAUAUUGCUGCAGUUUGGGAGUCGGUGCACUAUUGUCAGCAGUAUAGUUACAAGGUUGUGAAGGAUCGGUGCACUGACACCCACUCGUUAGCAAUAUAGUAUCCAGCCUUUGCAAUUGUGAGGGAAGGCCAAACAGGCCUGAUAAAGUGGACAGUGAAAUACUUUUACUGAUAUAUCGUCAGCAAUUUCAAUUUCACAAUAAAUCAUGCAAAUUAUUGAAA